AUGAGUGCCUGCUCCGGGCGGAGAGCGGGGACCUCCGGCAGCCUGGAAAUCCCCGUUAGCAGAAAAAGACCGGUGCCAGACACUUUAUUGCGUCCAGUUCUUUAUUCCUAUUUACACGCAAUCAUUGCUCUCAACUGUGUGAGUUGUAACUCCAUUUUGAGAGAUUCUGCAAGAGGAUCCUCUCAGUAUAACACCUGCAGAGGAAACUAUUCCCGUUUUUCCUCUUCUGACAUUUACUCCAGUCUUGGGUUAGAAGACUUCCUCUCUGUAGGUGACACUUCUGGAACAGAGGAGGAUACAGACUCAGCUAUCUUAUAUGGAACUUUGCGAGGAAGUAUUGUUGGAUUACGAUACUACACGGGGAUUGUUAAUAACAAUGAAAUGGUUGCACUUCAGAGGGAGCCCAAUAAUCCUUACGAUAAAAAUGCAGUGAAAGUAAAUAAUGUGAAUGGAGACCAGGUAGGCCAUAUAAAAAAAGAACUAGCAGCAGCAUUGGCGGGCAUUAUGGACAACAAACUAGCAGUAGUUGAAGGUGUUGUCCCUUAUGGAGCAAAAAACGCCUUUACCAUGCCUGUACAAAUGAGCUUUUGGGGAAGAGAAGAAAACAAGGAAGCAGUGCUAGAUCAGCUAAAAAAGCACGGAUUUAAAUUGGCUCCUCCUCUGAAGGUAGGUCCAGAAUGUGGUUUUGGAACAAAGUGGAUUUCUGGGAGAGCUGGUCCAAGUUAUAGCGCUCCGGUUCAUGCUGCUGUGCAGUUGACAACUGAACAGCUUAAAAGUGAAUUUGACAAAUUGUUUGAGGAUCUGAAGGAAGAUGAUAAAACUUGUGAAAUGGAAGGAACAGAGGCUGUUGGCACACUCUUGCUUCCCCAUCAGAAGCAGGCUUUAGCUUGGAUGGUUUCACAAAAGAAGCGACCUGAAAAUGUUCAUGGAGGAAUACUGGCUGAUGACAUGGGACUGGGUAAAACACUUACUACUAUUGCAUUGAUUCUCACAAAUUUUCAAGAUGGCAAGCCUCUUCCUGUUGAAAAGAUCACAAGUGAUAAGUUUUAUGAGGAAUCUGGUACUAACAGCAUGAACAACGAUGGACGCAGACUGUGUAAAGACUCUAGCAAUGUGAUGGAGCCUGGUGUUUCUAAAGUAAAAAAGUUUGAAACUACUCCGUUGAAAUACUCAAGUUGUCUUCCAAAAAGAGAUAAAGCGAAGAAACCCAGAUAUUCAGGAAGCAGUAACUUGGGAGAAUCUGAAGAAUGUCUACUGCAACAAACAGAAACAACUUCCUGUGUUAUCCAAGAAGAUACAGGCUUUGCAUCUGUUCUUCUGCCUUCAUCCACUUGUUUAAAAAGACAAACAAAGAGAAGAGGUACCACUAGCGUUCAGUCAGUUGAGAAGAAACAUUCUGAUGAUGGCUCCCGAGCAACACUGAUUGUAUGUCCACUGUCUGUCCUGAGUAACUGGAUUGACCAGUUUGAACAACAUAUCCACCAGGAUUUUCAUGUAAAUAUUUAUGUUUAUUAUGGUUCUGACCGAAGCAAAGACCCAUCAGUUCUUUCAGAGCAAGACAUAGUUCUGACAACAUACAACAUCUUAGCUAGUGAUCAUGGAACCAGAGGUGACAGCCCUUUACACAAAGUCAAGUGGCUGAGAAUUGUGUUGGAUGAGGGGCACACUAUACGAAAUCCAAAUGCUCAGCAAACUAAAGCUGCCUUAAAUCUGGAGGGACACAGAAGAUGGGUACUUACAGGCACACCUAUUCAGAAUUCGGUGAAGGAUUUGUGGUCUCUUAUUUCCUUCUUAAAACUGAAACCUUUUACUGAUCGAGAGUGGUGGCACAGAACAAUUCAACGUCCAGUCACAAUGGGAGCUCCAGGAGGACUUGGGCGUUUACAAUGUCUGAUUAGGAGUAUUACCCUUAGAAGAACUAAAACAAGUAAAGUUAAAGGAAAACCCAUUUUGGAGUUGCCAGAACGUAAAGUACUUAUUCAGCAUGUCACACUUACAGAGGAAGAGAGACACAUCUAUCAGUCUGUUAAGAAGGAGGGCAAAGCUGCUAUUAGCAGAUUUUUCAGUGAAGGGACUGUACUAGCUCACUAUGCUGACAUCCUUGGUGUCCUGCUCAGAUUGAGGCAGCUUUGUUGUCAUCCUCAUCUUUGUAUAAAUACAUCUUCUAGUUUUUCAGCUGAUAAUAAAACUCCUGAAGAACUGCGUGAGACGUUAGUGAGUAAAAUGAAGUUGGUUCUGAGCUCUGGUUCAGAUGAAGAAUGUGCAGUUUGCUUGGAAUCACUGACUCUUCCUGUGAUAACACGCUGUGCGCAUGUGUUUUGUAAGCCGUGUAUUUUUGAAGUCAUCAGAAGUGAACAGCCAAAUGCCAAAUGCCCUCUCUGUAGGAAUGAGCUUCGAGCAGAGCACUUGGUGGAAUGUCCCCUAGAAGAGGAAAUAGACUCCAGUAAUGGAAAGAAGUGUGAUCAGAAGUGGAUAUCCAGUUCAAAGAUAAAUGCUCUUAUGCAUGCUUUGAUAGAACUACGGAGGGAUAAUCCAACUGCUAAAUGUCUUGUUGUUUCCCAGUUCACAUCUUUCCUGUCACUGAUAGAAAAUCCCUUGAAAGAAUCAGGGUUUGCCUUUACUCGUUUGGAUGGGUCAAUGGCACAGAAGAAAAGAGUAGAAGUGAUUCGGUGUUUCCAAAGCAGCCAAGCAGGAUCCCCAACUGUAAUGCUUUUGUCUCUGAAAGCAGGUGGAGUUGGAUUAAAUCUGACAGCAGCUUCCCGAGUGUUUUUAAUGGAUCCCGCUUGGAAUCCCGCUGCAGAAGACCAGUGUUUUGACAGGUGUCACAGGCUGGGUCAGAAGCAUAAUGUUGUUAUUACUAAGUUCAUUGUGAAGGAUUCAGUGGAAGAAAAUAUGCUGAAAAUUCAGAAUAAGAAGAGGGAACUUGCAGCAGGAGCCUUUGCUACCAAAAAGCCUUCAGCAAGUGAAGUAAAACAAACCAAAAUUAAUGAAAUCAAGGCUCUUAUUGAUCUAUAGCUUGAAACUGUGGUAUUUUUAGUAAAUAAUAUAUGUAAUAUUUUAGUUAAUAUCGUUCUUCAAUUUAUGUGUCUCAUGUUUUGGUUGCUGUCUUUGUGGUCAAAAUAUAAAUGCUUCAAAUAAAUUAUAAAACCUGAUUUGCUCCUAAAUGUUAAUUUAGAAAGGCACAAACAUGUUUUGUGCUCCUGAAAUCUUUGAAAAGUUGCUUAUUAUGUACAACGCUUAAGAAUACAUAAAAAUCCAUCAAAACAGGAAUGUGCGUUCAUUCAUUCUAACUUGCAAGAAUUUAAUCUCUUUUUAGAGGUGAAAAGGUAACAAAAGAUAAAUGUGUGUUUUGUCCUUCAGACAAAACCCUUAAAAAAUGAAUUCGCUUCAUAUUUCAAUCUCAGUGUUUCCUCAUAACCAAACAGGGUUUUUUUUGUUUGUUUCAGAAUAGGUGGUCAGUGAUCACUUCUUAAGGAAUUCUUAC